AUGGCGGGGGCCUCCCGCGGCUACCCGAACGCCGACCUGUAUGCUCCCGUCAAGGCCGAGAAGGAUCCCAUCGAUGCUCUCUCCCUCCUCGACUCGAUCGCCGCCCACCAUCCCUCUACGACUCCACCGCGCCCCGUUCUCCUCUCUCUCCUCCGCAGCCUCUGCGCUUCCGCUCCAGGCCACCUCCCGCGCCUCAUCAGCCUCCUCCGCCGCCUUCCCCGCAGCCCUCGGCUUCCCCACGACGCGUUCGCCCUCGUCCUCAAGGCUCUUUCGCGCAUCCGUCUGCCCGACGAGGCCGUCGAGGUUUUCCGCCAGCUGCCGGGGAUACUCCAGCGCCAGCCCUGCGUGCGCUGCCACAACGCCCUCCUCGACGCCCUCGUCCGAGCUGGCAGGUGGCAGCAGGCGGAGUCUUUUCUCGCCUACUUCAGCUCCGGCGGCGGGCCGACGCCGCCCAACUUGGAAUCCUACAACAUCGUCAUCCGGGGGCUCUGCGAACGCGGUCAUGCGGGACGGGCAGUGGAGCUGCUCAGGGAUACACCCCGCCGCGGGCUGCGGCCGAACUGCAUCACCUACGGCACUGUGAUUUCCAGGCUGGUGAAGGCCAGCGAUCAGUCGCGCGCCCUUGAGCUGUUCGACGAAAUGCUCGAGAACGAUGUCACCCCCGACGUGGUAUGCUACAACGUGUUGAUCGAUGGGUUCUUCAAGGAGGGUGAGUGUGAGGAGGGGUUGAAGAUCUGGGAAAGGUUGAGGAAGGACUCUUCCGUUUCCCCCAAUCUGGCGACGUACAACAUCAUAUUGAACGGCUUCUGCAGGCUCGGGAGGUUUGCGGAGGCGAUGGCAGUGUGGGAGAAGAUGGCGGCGAGCGGCCACCGCCCCAACCAGUUCACAUAUGGGAGCUUGAUCCACGGGCUCUGCAAAUCCAGGGACGUGGACGGCGCUUGCAGGGUGUCCUCGUGGAUGAUCCGGAGCGGGGUGGCCCCCGACAAUGCCAUCUGUAACUCUCUCCUCGCCGGGUUCUGCCUGGUCGGUCGGAUCGACGACUGCCUCGCCUUGUUCGAGCAGAUGGGAAGGGAGGGGAGACGCAGUGUCGUCAGCUACAACGUGACGAUCAAGGGCCUGCUGGAGAAGAGCAGGGUGGAGGAAGCGGUCGCCGUAUGGGAGCGCUUGAAGGAGGACGGCAGCUGCCUUGCAGAUUCCACCACUUACGGGAUUCUGAUCCACGGCCUGUGCAAAAAGGGCUACAUCAACAAGUCUCUGCGGGUUCUUGCGUAUGCAGAGGACGGGGGCAAGGACUUGGAUCUGUUCGCCUACUCCUCUCUGAUCAGCGGUCUGUGCAGGCACAAGCUACCGCAAAAGGCGGUGCGGCUCUUCCACCGGAUGAUCGCCCGCGGCCACAAACCCAACGCCCACGUCUACAACUCGCUGAUGAACGGCUUCUUUAAGGACUCUCAGAUCCAGCGCGCCGUCGAGAUCUUCAAGGAGAUGGAGGUCGGGGAGUGCCCUCCCACCGUCGCCACCUACAACACCGUCAUCAACGGUCUCUGCAAGGCGAGCAGGUUCAGCGAGGCUGCGGAUUUUGCCAAGGAGAUGGUGGAGAAGGGUCUGAAGCCCGAUCUCAUCACCUACAGCACGCUGAUGGACGGCCUUUCCCAGGAUAAGAAGCUGGACGCCGCCCUGGGGAUAUGGAACCUGGUCCUCGACGAGGGCCUCGAGGCCGACGUGGUCGCCCACAACAUUCUCAUCCGCGGACUCUGCGCGGCCGGAAGAACGGAGGCGGCGCUGGUGGUUUUCUUCAAGAUGAGGAAGAACAGGAACUUUUCCCCGAACCGGGUGACCCACAAUCUGCUAAUGGAUGGGCUUCGUGCCGUCGGGGACUUUAAGAGGGCGUCGUCGAUCUGGUCCGAGAUGAAGAGGGUCGGGCUAGAGCCGGACGUCGUCUCCUACAACAUCGCCUUGAAGGGGCUCUGCUCUCGCAGUGAGACCUCCGAGGCCGUGGAGCUGCUGAAUGACCUCUUGGCCCGCAACAUCACCCCGACAGUGGUCACUUGGAACAUACUCGUCAGGGCAGUAGUCCCAUCGAGGAUUACUCCGACAUAA